GCGAAUGUAAGUAAAACCGAUCUUACUCCAUGGGGAAGAUGAGCGCAUUUGAGUCCGCCAUUGCUUGGGGUUUGGCCCUCGAAGCCCUCGCAAGCUCGAAACAAGUCGCCUUAUCGAUUCUACACGAUUUGAUCGCCCAAAUCCCACCGAACUUACCCGACGACUUGCGGAACAGCGUCAACGAAAGGGUCGCUCUGCGAUGCUUGGAGGAAUUAUUCGGCGCUCACGAUGCUCCUCCCGUCCGCCGGCGGUCCAAACUCAGCUUCGAAUUGUCGGAGAGCUGCCAACAGGUUCUUAGACGCAUUGUGAAUGAGACAGCAGAAUCUGAUGUGAGGAUGGGAGGAGGAGGGAAGUGGAAAUGGGAUAUUGAGCCCUUUAUUGAGCACAAAAGAGCUUCUAUGCCGACAUGUGCUUUGAACAUGCUUAAAGAUUCUGUUGUUGAUUGUAGUCAUCCAUAUGCUGAAUUGUUUGGAAGAAAGAGUGGAUUAGCAUAUGUUAGGGUUGCUGGGAGUGAUGGUAUUUUGGGGCUUAAUGGUGGCUGCUCUAAUGCUCCAAACAUUGGCGUUGAAGAAGCGCGGAAUGAUGAAAGUGCAUUGCCUUCCAAGAGGGGUAAAAAUGCCUCAGAAACCGAAAAAGUGGCGGAUGAAAACUAUGAUGGUUCAGGUGUAAAUGCCAAGAAGAUGAAGAUGGAUGACUCUUAUGUUUUGCAGUCGGCACAGGACAACUCAGUUCCUUUAGCGGGAAGAGAAAUGUUGGAAGGUUCAUUGGAAAGGGACAUUCCAGUUUCCCAGAGAGAAAAGUGUGUGUUGUCAGAAUUUCGGAUGGAUAUGAGGGUGGAAACGUGGGCACUAGAGGAUGGUCGUGGUGAUUAUACUGCCUCAAAGACAAGUGGGGAUGCAAUCCAUAAGAGUUUUGUAGAAAAUCCUUGUGCUGAUAAAUUCAAAGAUGGUAGUGGGUUUAGUCCUGAACGUACAAUAUCAGGUAUUGCUCCUCCACAUGAGACGCAGCAUAAGGUUUCUGCUAAAGACUCCAGUUGUAACAUUGACCAUGAGUUUCAUAUUGAAGUACCACAUCCUGUAUCUGUUGAUGGAUCCAAACAGAAGAGCAUUGCUGAUAAAGGCAAAGGUGUUAGUGAGCAUUGUCCUAAACUAACAACAUCACCUGUUGCUCCUCCAGGUAAAAGCCAGCCUAAGGUUUUUGCCAAAGAAUCUGAUUACAACAGUGCGCAUGAUUCUCAUAUUAAUAUAACACGUCCUGCAUCAGCAGAUGUAUCCCAGAAGAAGACCAUUGCUGAUGGAGUCAAGGACCUCUCACACUGGGAUUUCAUCGCCAUGGAGAAGCGUGAUUUCUUGAGCUCUAAAUGUGCAUUGACUCGUUAUUACUAUUCGAAAGAGAAAGAUCAUUGUCUAAUGUGUAAUGAAGGUGGUCAGUUGUUGAUUUGUAGUACCAGUGAUUGCCCUUUGGCGUAUCAUGAAAGCUGCAUGGGUUCCAAAUUUAUCUCUUAUAAGACCGGUGACUUUUACUGUCCCUUCUGUGCAUAUGAUCUAGAUCUCACGGAGUAUCUUGAAGCUGAGAAAGAAGCCUCCCGGUUAAAGAAGGACCUAUGGGCGUUUCUUUGUUUGCUAGGAUCAUCUUCUUGAAGGAAGUGAUCAGAAUGGGCAUUUGGGAAGAAAGUAAAGGAAAUCAAAGUGAUAAUUUAUCCCUGAUUUUACCAUCUUGGAGUGUGUUCUACAAAUUGUCAUUCCGCUUUUGUGUCUACAAUCUGAAAUUCUGAAUACCGGGCAAUACAUGACACAGAGAUGCUAACUUUUGAAUCAAAGUUACAGUCUCGACAAUCUGUUUGUGUACUUAUCUAAACUUGAUGAUCUGUGUUCUUUUGGUUCACCUUGGCUGUUCACUUGGAUGACUUUAAUGUACAUUUUAAAGUUAAUGUUUUAAUUA